UUGAGACGGGUCGUGUUGCAAUCUGAAUUCUUUAUCCAGUUUCUAAAAUAUACCUCAAGGGUGGGCAAGUUUGUGUGAUAAACUCCUCAUUAAACGAUACGAAACAACAAGUAACGGGGCUUUUUGUACAAAACAUAUAAACAUUAAUAAAGUGAAUUGCAGUGUGAGACAUAAUUGUUUUUCGCAGAAACGGAAAUACAUUCCCCGAUUCUCCCCCAACGUCAUGUAAGCGGGCAGGAUGACUGGCGACGCGCGAGUACCGCCUGUGAAGAGCGAGGUCGCGCACCAUGGGUUAGGCGCGGGGACGCAGCGGCAGCUGUCGGGCGGCGCGCUCGUGCUGACGUCGCUGGUGGCGGGCGCGGCGGCCGGCGCGCUCGCCAAGACAGCUAUCGCGCCGCUCGACCGCACCAAGAUUAACUUUCAGACUUCGCAGACCGUGUACUCGUGGCGGGCGGCGCUCAAGUUCCUGGAGCAGAGUUGCCGCACCGAGGGCGUGAUGGCGCUCUGGCGCGGCAACAGCGCCACGAUGGCGCGCAUCGUGCCCUACGCCGCCAUACAGUUCACUGCGCACGAGCAGUGGAAGCGCUUGCUGGGGGUCGACUCGCCGCAGACCGCGCAGGCGUCCCCGCUGCGGCUGCUGGCGGCGGGCUCGCUGGCGGGCGUGACGUCACAGAGCGCGACGUACCCGCUGGACCUGGCGCGCGCGCGGAUGGCGGUCGCGCAGUACACCUCGCUGCGCGCCGUCUUCGCGCACGCCGUGCGCCACGAGGGGCUGCGCACGCUCUACCGCGGUUACCCGGCUACGGUGCUGGGUGUGAUUCCGUAUGCGGGUGUCUCCUUCUUCACGUACGAUUCGCUCAAACAUUGGUACCUUGAGUACACGGGCGCGAGCCCGAACAGUCCUUGUAAAGUCCUAAAUAAAGUAUUCACAAUACUGGGGUACAUCCAGAAGGAUGGUACCCGAAACGAAGGCUGGCGGGCCUUUUUCAAGGGCCUCAGCAUGAACUGGGUGAAGGGCCCCAUCGCGGUCGGCAUAUCGUUCUCGACGUAUGACUUUAUCAAAAGUACCCUGCGAGAGAUCGCGCUCACCUUCGCUGCGGUCGGGGACAAUCUGUAAUUGCUAACGAUAAGGGCCUCAACACAUGUUUGUGAUGUUUUUGCUCGUAUAAGUGUUAAUAUGUGCGUUUUUUUUCCUCUCCCUUCCCAGUCCAUUUCUUCUUUUCUUAUCCCUUAUCUUAUAAGCGGGCUGCGCAUUCCCAAAGGCACUUACCUUUGCUCUGUCCACGGGCGGUGGUGAUCGCUUACCAUCAGGCGCACCACCAGCUCAGUAGCUCGCUGUUACAUAAACAUAUGCUAUUUAUAAUCAUAUAUAUAGCUAACACGAGAACAUUUUCAAAGUUUUGCUUAGUGCGGAGCGAUUUUUCAAUUCUUUUCCUCUUAUUAUUGAAUCUUAUCCGAUAUACUUCGGAUAAGAUUUAUUCAAUCAAAUAAAAAUGUCACCUCUAAAUUGUUAAGUCUCGAAGAAUUUGAAUACAUUUUUGAAAUGGUUGUGUAAUGAUAUUCGAUGGAUAACUGAGGAUUGAAAAAUCAACCUUAAAUCUACUUCGCAUAAAAUUUAUAUUUGAAAAUUAUCGAUAUUUUUUAUUUUCUCUUUGCAUGACUCAUAAUUCCAAAAGGUUUUAAUUGAUAUUACGAUUAUAUCCUAUGAUGUAGCUUCACUUAUAACUAUUAUAAUUUAUAAGCUAAAAGCGAAACAAAUAAUAAAUUCUUGUUUGUUUCAUUUCAUAUAACAUUUCUACACAGGGUCUUGUGUAUUUAUGUAAAGGCCCUUUGAAAGGCAACAGGAAAAAGGCCUUAUAAGCCUUUUUGCGAAUUCUUUUUUAUAGGUUGUUAUAUUUUAUCUGUAUCUUUUAGCUUUUGCAAUGUUAUGUUUAUUAAUUAUAAUUUUAGAAGCUUUACGUAACACUUCUUGUUAUAAAAGAUAUCAAAUAGAUAAGUAGUGUAUAAGGCGAAAUAAACCUCUUUUUCUCAUAAGCAUUAUUAUUUCUGCAAAUAAAAAACUGCAGCAUGAAAUGUAUAUCUGUCUCUUUCCAACACGUUAGAAGCACGUAUAGCCAUCUCGGUUUUUCGUUUGACAGCAUGGAAGUGUUUCCAGUGUCGUGUAAAUUAUUGUUUUACAUAAACACCUUUGUUAAAUGUGAUACGGGGCGUGUGCAAUUAUUGUGAAACAUGAGUCUUCUAAAAAAGGCGGAAAAAUGUAAGAAAAAAAAAAAACAUAAUACUAUAGAAAUAUUCUGUAUAGUUAAUUGAUUGAAGAAAUUAAAUUUUACGGAUUUACGGAAAAUAUACCAUUACAUUGUGAUAAAAAUCGGUUAAAAACUAUUUAAUUCAUGCUGUUGAUAGUAUUCUAAUGUGAAAGUGUUACGCAAUUUGUUUGAUAUAUGUUAUUCAUGUGACAUUGUUUUUAUUUGUUUGUCUUUCUUCUACGUAACAUUAGAGCGAUUUUAUUGUAUGAUUUUUGUAUCUGGCGAUAGCUAGGAGGCUGAAAAGUGAAUUUCGUUUGAUUACUUAGGCGAAGUCGCGGGCGAUAAGCUAGUUUAAAUGUAUAUUUAAAUAAUGUUUUAAAAACAAAUUGUUUAACAUAUAUUAUUGUGCCAUCAAUGAUUAAAUAAAUAGAUAAAAACAACAAUAAAAUAUGUUUUUCUGCCCUUUCUUAGAAUAUUCAGUGAUUCAGUAAAUAUUUUUUGUAUGUUUAGUGAAAUGUAUUAAAUCAGUUGACUCCCUUCAGUAUUCGAAGCAAUUAUGAAUGUUUAUAUUAUACUGAAUCUCGCCUGAUUUUGUGCGCUAAUCGCGGUUCAUGUCGGUAAAUGCUACACCGAGAUGGAUGCGAUUUUCGCGGUGCGACAGCUUGAUAUUACCUCGGACUUAAAUGUAUACAAAUGUUUGUCUGUAUUGUUUAUGUAAUAUAUGUAUUGUUAACAAGUAAUAUGUAAGAUUGUUUAUCUAGUAUUCACAUAGUAGGAACUGCUUUGUUGAUUUUGAUAAUGUUUACACUGUAUACUUAAUAUAUUGCACUGUUUGUAGAAUGUAUAUGACGAUGCUGUUUUUCAAUUUUAUACAUUUAGCUGUGACUAUAAGGGACAAUAAAUAAAUAAUAUAUAAUUGUUUGACUUUUUGUAAAAUUAAUAAAUCAAGUUUAUAACAACGCCAUCUAUUGCCUUUAAAAGUAAUCUAUUUGUCUUAUAAAAUCCUCAAAUAAUACUAAUUCCUCAAAGCGAUACUCAAUUUUUUUUCAUAUGUUUAAAAAUUGUUAAAUAAUUAUUGAAUCUAUUAAGAAACCUGCAUGAAAAUAAACUUCAUUACAUAAUUACGCAGUAAUUACUAAGCCUAAAGAGACAAUAUAAAAGCUAUAAUUCGGGAUAUCAUUGAAUGGAGUACCAGUGCAGAAGAUGUAUGAUAUGCUUCAGGAAAUACG